UGUUCCCUUCUCUUCACCCAGGGCCUCGGUAUAUGUACCGUACGUGAAUCUGACAUUUCAAUUGGGACAAAGCGAAUCCGAGGAGGGAAAACCACCAGUACCCGGCUCUCGGACCGGACCACUUAUCCAUCAUGUCAACACCAUGGACGCGCACCUCCUCCUCCCUACCUUCUGACCGUAUCAAACCCAGGAACACCCAGACUCAAAGUAAAUCUUCCGGAAAACAAAAACAAGAAGCACCCAUUCCCAAGAGCAAACCCCUCCUCGCCCUCGAAUCCCUCCUACGCGCACUCCAAUCCACCACCACCACCACCCCCGCCCAAGACCCCAAAGGCGGGUGUUUCUGCCAAGCAAGAGAACACCCCCUCUCGCCCUACACCCCCACCUGCCCCACCUGCGGGCUCGUACUCUGCACACUCAACCUUCCCCAGCACGCGUGUCUCUCCUGCCGCACCGCACCCCCUCCACGCAACAGAGAUAUCCUCAUCGGGCGCCUGCAAGGUGAGAUCGUGGACCUGACGAGAAGGGAAGAAGAGGCGCGCGAGAGGGCAAGGGAGGAGGCUAGGGUCGCUGCGGGGGCGUUUCCUUCUUUGAGCGGAGGGGAGAGGAGGAGUACACCACCACCACCACCCCCGCAGCAGCAGCAACAUAAAGUCCUCUCACUAAACCGCAAAACCAAAAAAGUCACUGUCUCGUCGUACCCCAACACACCAGCCUCUUCGCGCCCAGACUCACCUGCACCCGAGGAAGAGGAUGAGCCCCUACGCGUGCCGCCGCCUCCCGGGGAAGUGGUAUAUGCCAAGCGAAAUGUGGACCGGGGGAGGCCGUAUGCUAAUUUUGGAGGGGGGGCGGCGAGGUACGAGAAGGGGAAGAGGAAGGGGAAGGAGAAUGAGGCGGGACCGUCGUAGGUAGCGCGCUUGAGAUAGAGAGGGAGGGGAUGA